AUGAUGCUUUAUCUGAUUGUGUUGGCAUUGGCUUACAUUGCCAAUAUUGGUAGAUGUAAAUAUAAUAUACAGCAUUCUGGAAAAUUAAUUUUAACAGAACAAUUAAAUAACAUCUCUAGUAUUCGUGUUAUAAAUGAUGGAGAAUCAAUCAAAUUAGAAACAGAAUAUUUAAUAAAUUUCCCAAUAUAUUGUAUACCAUAUAUUACAAUUGAUAAUAAUAUUCAACAAAAUAAAAAAACAAUAUAUUAUAUAAAACAAGAAUUUCAAAAUUCUUUAAAUUUAUAUAAAAAUAAUAUAAAUUUAGGACCAAUAACUUUUAAUGAUAAAUUUUAUAUAACAGGAAUGGCUGCUAAUAAUGGAUUAUUAUUAGUUAUAGUAGAUGUAGAUAUAUAUAAAUUUGAUAAUGAAAAAAAAAAAUUUUUUUUGGUAAAUGUAAAUGAUGAAAAAUAUGAUAAAAUAUUUAAUAAUGAUCAAAUGUAUUAUACAGGAAUAAUAUCUGAUAUUAUUGAAAAUCAAUUUUUUAUUAUAUGUACAAUCAAAGAAAAAUAUUUUAUUGCUCAUGUAAAAUAUGAUAAUAAUACAGGUUCUAUUGAUGUAAUAGAUGUAAUUGAAAAAUUAAAUGGAAAAAAUUUAUUCGUUGUUAACUCAAUUAGUAUUAUUGAAGAUCGUUUAUAUAUAGCUGAAAAUGCAGAAAAUAUUUAUCAAGUUAUAAUUGAUAGAAAAGAAAAAAAAAAUAAUAAUAUAAAAGGUAUAAAUAUUUAUUCUUUUGCAAAUAAAAAUGAAAAGAUAUUAGGAUUAAGUUCUAAAAUGAUUUUAAAUCCAAUGACAAAUCAUUUUAAUGAUUAUUUAAUUGUGAAUACAAAAAAAAUAUUAGAAGAUAAACCCUCAUCAGAAAAUUGUGUUUAUUUAAUAAAUAUAAAUACAAGCAAUAAUAAAGAAUUUGAAAUAUAUAAUAUUAUAGAUAUGUAUAGUUCUGAUAUUAACCCUAUGUAUUUUAGUGUAUAUGAUAUAUUUAUAUCUAUGGAUAGUCGUAAAGAUCCAAAAGAACAGAAAUUAUGGAUGAAGCAAUUAAAAAAUAAUAAACCCAAAUAUUUAAAUAUUCCUAAUAAAGAAAAUUAUGAAAAUAAUGAAAAUAAAGAAAAUAUAGAAGAUGAAAAAUAUAUGUUAGAAGUAUUAUGGUCAAAUCAAUUUAAUUGUACAAUAAAUAAAGGAAGUAUAGAUCUUCGAAAUGUUAAAUCAAUAUCAAAAAAUAAUAAUGAAAUAAAAAAAAUUCCAAUUAAAAAAAUAGAUAAUAAUUUUUCAACAUCUCCUAAUGUAAUAUCAUCAAGUACAUGCCCAAAAGAAAAUAAAAUUUUUGAUGAUGUAUGCUAUUAUGAUUCUCAAAAAAAUUAUGUUAGUAGUUUAAAUAAUUUAGAAGCAUAUAGUGAUAAUUAUAGUGGUAAUAUUAUAUUUGAUGGGAUAAAAAAUUAUAUAGCUUUUGAUUAUAAAUCUGGAAAAGGUGUACAUUUAUUAUCAUAUCCAUUAAACAAUUUAAUUUAUAUAUAUUUAAAAAAUGGAAAUAUAAAAAUAAGUUUACCAGAACCAUUUGGAUUAGCAAUAGACAAAUAUAAUAGUACAGAUAUUGAGGUCAUAAUAUAUGUAACAUGUAAUGAUAAAAAUAAAAAUUAUGUUAAUAAAUGUGUUAUAAACCAAUUAAAUAAAUCAUAUCAAUGUUAUAAUAUUUACAAAAAAAAAAAAGAAAAUAGUGAAUUGUUUCAAUAUAUUUCAUACAUUACUCAUAAAAAUGAAAAAAAUGAAGAAAGCAACUAUAUAUAUCUUUCUAAUAAUAAAAAAUCUAUAUAUAAAUUAGAAAAAAAUGGAAAAAAAUGGAUGUUUGAUGAGUGGUUAAGUUUGGAAAAACCGAAUCAACGUGUUGGUCCAGUUUCUACAUUAUUAAAUUAUUUUUAUGUUCAUAAAAAUAUGUUAAAUACUUUAAAAAACAAAUAUCCUCAAAAUGAAGUAAUAGCAAAAUUGGCCACAUCAAAUGAAGAAGAUUUGCAUAUAACAGAAGAUGGUUAUAUAUUUUUACAAAAUUCUCAUACUGUUGUUUUUGCUACUAAUUAUGAUGCAUAUGGAAAAGAAACCGGAUCACAAAUAAAUUUUUAUGCUAAAUUGUUCGAUGAAAAUUAUCACCAAUCUUUUGAAGUAGAUAGUAUAGUUAUGAGCAUUGAAAACGCCUCGACAAUAAGUUACUAUUUGCAUGAAUAA